CUCGGUGAGCAACGAAUGAAUCGAGACACUUCCACUUCAGGCAGCGAUGCACGCGGAAAAUAAGUACAUAAUAAUAUACCUACAUAUUACUGUGAGAUAAGUGAUAUUAUUAGCGUUUUAAGUAUCACAAGUACGUAUUACUCGUGCGGAUCGCUAAUACUGAUAUAGCAGUGGUGAGGUGCAGUGGGUGGGACGAUCUUGACUGCUGAAAUGGAGUACGAGUUGAAGAAUAAGGUGGUGGUCAUCACAGGAGGAGCCAUAGGUAUCGGUGCGUGCGUCGUCGAGAUGUUGCUGGAGGAAGGAGUCAAACAUGUAGCGUUUCUCGACAUACUGGAGCAAGAAGGUACAAAGCGACAGAACACACUCGCCCAGAAGUACGGGGCAGGCAGGGUGCAGUACCACAGGUGCGAUGUGACGAAAGAGGAGGAGUUGGAAUCGGCUUUCCAGGCCGUAUUGGACAAGUUCGGCAUAGACAUCGUCAUAAACAACGCUGCAGUUAUGAACGACAAGAUCUAUAAGAAGGAGAUAGACAUAAACGUGACAGCCCUCGUAACGAGCACUUUCAAGGCCAUCGAGGCGAUGCGGUUGGACGGGGGCGGUCGUGGGGGGUGCGGGGGGCGCGGGGGGCUGGUGGUGAACGUGUCGUCGGUGGCGGCGAUGAUGCACACCCACACGCUGCCCGUCUACUUCGCCACCAAGGCCUUCGUCAUGCACUUCACCAGCAGCAUCGGGGAGGAGGAGCACUUCGUGAAGACCGGCGUGCGCGUAAUGACGGUGUGCUUCGGCCGCACGGACACGAGCCUGCUGGCGGAGAGCAAGCUGGCCAGCUACCACGACGACCUCAACCCAGCGCUGAGAGCCGUCAUCGAGAGCGUGCACAACCAGCAGCCAGAGUCAGCCGCGCGCGGCGUGCUGGAGGUGUGCCGGCGCGGGGCCAGCGGCAGCGUGUGGCUGGCACAGGCCGACCGGCCGGCGCGGGACGUCACAGCCAUCGUCCAGCAGGCUUACAAGCUGAUGAAGGACCUGCUGGUGUAGCUUUAACUGUGUUAGCGACAAACAUAUUAUUGAUAGAAAUACAAGAUGAAGCUACACCAUCUAAGAGCUAACUUCUACGUUACUUUCAUAAUUUCAAGUUGUACAUGAAUGUUUAAUUCCGGAAUGUUGCUUACUAUUUACUAGUUACUACUAUUAAGGGAUGUGGCGGUACCCACAAUUCGCCUAACAUUCC